AUGUACAGAUGGGAUCCAGAUUAUGUAGAAAAUUUACCAGAUUAUAUGAAAAUCGUCUUCAAGUUUGCUUGGAAUACUUUCAAAGAGUGUGAAACUGCAGGCAGGUUGGACGAGGGAUUUUCAUAUAAUGUGGAAGGUGCACUCAAAGAGUUCAAGAUAUACUUGAGAUCCCUCUUUAGCUUUACCAACUGGGAAAAUGGAGACGUAGUGCCUACAUUUGAUGAGUUCCUGGAGAUUGGGGGAGUCGAAGUAACAAUGUAUAUUAGUAUAGCAAGCAGUUUUAUGGGGUUGGAUAAAAUAUCUAGGGAACAAGGUUAUGAAUGGCUAAAAUCAAGACCAAAAUUCGUUGAGGCUCAGGCUAAAAAGGCUCGUCUAAUGAAUGACAUGGCCGGCUUUGAGAGUGACAUGAGCAGAGGGUAUGAUGUUAAUGCCAUCAUGUACUAUAUGAAGCAACACAAAGUCACCGAGGAGGAAACAUUCACAAAGCUUCAGGAAAUGGUUAGCGACUUGGAUAAAACAGUUAACGAUGAGAUAUUGAAGACAACAAAGAGUGUGCCACGACAAGCCCUUAAGCGGGCUAUUAUAUUUGGAAAAAUACUAGACUUUACUUAUAGGUCUGGUGAAGAAUACACUCAUCCCGAAGGAAGAUACAAGGAUCAUAUCACAUCUUUGUUUGUCAAGCUUAUUAGCAUUUGA